AUGUUACAGGUGAAACAUCAUUUAUUAAAGGUUUUAAAAUUUGGCGAACCAAAAAAAAUAUCCAUUGGUGAUUUUGUGUUCACAGUGACUGCGAUAGAUCCUGAUACAUUAACAGGCAAAAUUAUUUACCACUUUUCUUUUGAUGGUACUGACUGCUUGUACAUGGAUGGUGCAUUGAUGUCUCCAAGUGUUUUAACAAAUCCAUAUAUAGUGCAUCUGGGAAAUACCAAAAUCAUCGACACACUUUAUGUUGAUAGUCUUCUUUUAGACCUGCCUGUUGAUAUCAAUAUUGAUCAGGCUGAUGAACAGAUAAUCAAUCUGUUAAGGCAUUCAUCAUGGUAAUAGCAAGCCAGCCGAUGCCAAUAUUUACUUAAGUCAAUUCGUAAGUGAUAUGAAGACGAUUUUGAAAAAUGGCAUUAUUUUUAAGGAGAAGAAAUGUGAUGUUUUAAUAUCGAAAAUUGUGUGUGAUAGCCCAGCUCGAGCAUUCAUAACCUACGUGAAAGGGCAUGCUGGGUAUUUUAGUUGUCCAAAAUGC